AUGGAAGACAGAAGUAGAUAUAAGCCGAUGCACAAAGAAGCAGCCACCCUUCCACCAAGGAGAGGCAAAAUCAAAGCUAAAAUAUAUGGGGACAUCAAAGAGACUGUCAUCAAUCUGAUAGGAAUGGCAUGUCAAAGUGACAAUGGGGGACAAAGCUCAUCAGCUUCAGCAAAUCAGCCAGAUGGUCAGAACAAAAAGGCUUGA